AUGGCGGACGAAGAAGACGCUGACGGAUUGAUACAGGACAACCCAAUAAAUGUAAUUGGCCGAAUUCUAGAAGCAGUCCAAUUUGCUGCCAUAAAACAUAAGGACCAGAGAAGAAAAGAUCCCGAGGAAACUCCAUACAUUAAUCAUCCUAUCGGAGUAGCUUAUAUUCUUUGGAAAGAAGGCGGAAUUCAUGACUCCCGAGUGCUUCAGGUGAGCUUGCUGCCAAACCGGCAAGUGGAUAUGAUUUUAUAUAAGCUUACCUAUUUAGCACUUUCCAAUCUCUUAAUACUAACAUUUUUGGACAGGAAAAUGUUUUAACAGUUUGACAAGCCUGGGUUUCUAUUCAGCGUCUAAUUAAUAAGCGGGAUCUGCGCCUAAUCGAAUUAAAUCGAACGUGCUCUGUGUUUGUUUGCAAACUGGUUGAUAUUAGUUUCGAGCUGAUUCAAAAAUGAAGAAGGUUUAUCAGGUUUAUGGGAAUUGCCAGGUUAAAGGUGUCGAUAGAUGUCUAUUUUGGGAGGGGGGGGGGGUUGAAAUUUGGUGUGCUGACGAGCUGCGAACAGUGAGCUAAAAAGUCGUACAGUGAUCUUGUAUCCCUGUGUUCUAGGUAUCCCCCAUACCAGACCUUCCAACCCCUAAACCAUCAAAUCUGGAGUGUUUGAAAAGAAGUCCCCAAAAAACCUGGAGAUUGGCACCACAAACCUAGAGGUUUACAAACAAGUCCAACAAAACCAAAAAGGCGGGUUAUUUUUGUCAUAGUUUUCUUUCCCCCAUUAGAUAUAAUUUACUCCACUCACUUUUAAAUGUUGUAUGAUAUUUGGCUGCUCCUGUCCAGCUGAGGCUCUGAAAUCUCUGAGUAAGUUUGAGAUUCUGUUUAACUAUCCAGGCUGAUAGGACAUUAUUUGAGUUUGCUUUAAGGCUUUGCCGCAGACCUUAGCUGAUCUAUGUUUCAUGGGAAUGAGGUUGGAAUUGGACCCAGAUCCCCCCAAAAUAAAUUGAUACAAUUCGCCAUUUUGAAUACAGAUUUUUUGAAAUCACGCGACUCCCAUUGUCUGACAAUUUCAAGAUUUUUGGAUACACCAUGAGAUUAAGAGGCUAAAUCAUGAGACUGUGUGUUGACAGCCCAAACUGAGAGAGUUGGAGGGUCUGCCAUACCUAACAACAACAACAAGCAACAAAUGUUAUUUUAAAAACUCAUUUGCUAAUAAUUUAAUUACGUAUAGUUUUCCCACCAAUGAACAAAUAACUAAGGAACUAAUUGAGGCAGGGGAAAGGAAACUAAGACAUAUUUACAUUACAGUUAUUGGUUUAAGAAGAAUAGACUAGACAACAAUCCUCAGUGUUUUUGGUAUCCCUGUUUACCCUCCCUAAAGAUUAGAGUAUUACUCGUGACACAGUAGGGACCUUAAGAUCCGAGGACGGCGAUGGCAGUGAAAGCGUCACUGAAAAAGUGAAUUUACGUUCUUUCAAUCUUGAUUCUUCAUCGAGAUUACUACAGGUCACUAACUUUGUCAAACGUAGGUGAACCCUCCUGAAGUUGAAUUCCUAAGAACCAUAUCCAAGUUCAGAAGGAGCUGAGAGGAAAUUUCAUCAUCACUUGUGCACUUCCUCUGUAAAACUUGAAAUUAGGCAUUUUCAACCCAUAGCCAUGCAGUGACAGCAAAGAAAUGUGCAAACAAGCAUGAUGCACGGGGGGCUGGGGUCCCUCCCCCCCUCCCAGGUACUAUGAACGAGGCCCCCGGCUACUUUAAAGGAAAAUAGAAGACAAAUAGAACCAAACGAAUCCCGUAGCUGUUUGAUUCCCCACCUACUUAUUGUAUUUACCCAGCACCUUGAAAUCUUAGUGACAACCCUGGUCUUAAACCACUGACUGUGACCUAGGAACUUGUUGUGGGUCAUUAACUCUGUUCAUAUGUGAAAUACAUCUUGUAUGCUGCUCGAAUCUACAAAGCUAUUCUAGAAAUCAAUGAAAACUAGAUUUUUACUCACAAAAACAUAGCACUCUUCAGGGUGCAAAGAAAGUCAGUUUUAAAUCUUGUCCUUCUGGCUUUCUGAAAAAAAUGUUUUGAUGACCAGGAUUGACUACUGUUCUUCUAUAAUUUGAAUUCCUCAAAAAAAUUAUCUUGCCUGUUGGACAAGUGAAGAACAGAAUUUUUUGGUGUGAUAGCAAAAUCCACGAGCAUCAGGCCAUCGGACACAACUUUCUUUGCACUCUGAUCUUAUGACAAGUGGGAUUUUAAUGUUCUUUUUUGUUAUAUUUGUACGUUAUUUUCUUGAUAAGGGAGCCAUUCUUCAUGAUACUGUUGAAGACACCAAUACCACUCUUGAUGAAAUAGAAUCCAAAUUUGGCCCUGAAGUGCGACACAUUGUGAGUGAAGUGACAGAUGAUAAAACUCUGCCAAAAAUGGAACGUAAAAGGCUUCAGAUAGUGCAUGCGAAAAGUUGCAGGUUUGUAGGAAUUUUGUUCCAAAGUUUCUAUAACAUUCUGAAGUUAAUUUAAAGUAGGUGUCUGUGGCGGCUGGCCUGCAAAUGCAGACUGAUUUCUGGGUGUUUGCUCUUUCCUCCUAAGUGCACAAUAAGUGGUGGUAUAUGUUUUCUUCAAUGAACCAGUCAGUUUAUAUGCAGACUUUUUUUAUGUGACGUACUAUAUCUUACCCAAUAAAUCAUGAGGAUUUUUCUGUCUGUGAAAAAGAAUUAGGAAAAACUCGUUAAUUUAUCUAGCAUAAAGCAAAUAAUUGUAACUAGCCUGAGCUCCUGUGCUAAUAAAUUCCACCCAGCCCACCUGUAAUUUCACGUAGGGGCCUGUAAGGUGGACAUAAGUUAAUGUAGCUUUUGAGCAGCUAUCUGGAAGUAGGAGACAUCUGGAUACAGGUCAGAUUUUAAGCCACUUUGAUUCUUAGAUCAAACCACUUUUGUGAUAAGAAAGGGAAAGAACACUCCCAGAAAGAUGGGUUUAAUUUAGUUUAGGUGUGGGUGUAACAUGAGCUUUUAGGAUAAGUGGCUUGGGUUUAAGUUACUGGAUGUUUGGUCAAACUUGAAUAUGUGCAAAUUAAAUCCUCCUCUCCCGGAAGAUAUUAUCUUGGUAUUUAAACUGUUGCUAAAAAUUGUAUUUUAUAAGGUUAGGACUGCAGACCGAGGCUGCAGGUUCAUUGUCUUUAGGGUGCUUGGCGCUUCAGUCAUCCUAGAGUAUGCUUACAAAUCAGCCAUUUAUGCAAGCUUAAUGUAACCUUUAGUAAUUUAAGAAAAUCAUAAUUAUUUGCAAGUACUAUAAAUUAAAGCAAGUCUUUUCACUUAAUAUUCAUUUCAGCCAUAAAGCCAAGCUGGUGAAACUUGGUGACAAACUGUAUAAUUUAAGAGACCUCAAUCGGGUUACACCAGAAGGUUGGACAAAAGAGAGAGUUACUGAGUACUUCCACUGGGCGCAUAAAGUUGUUGAAGGGCUUAAAGGAACUAAUGAAGCUUUAGAAAGAGAGCUUUAUAAACUGUUUGUUCAGCGCGGCGUUGUCGAGAAAUCGGGGUCCAAUAGUCCCUGAGUUUGAAACAACUCUUGUGGUUUGUCUCCGGUUAACUGUAGUUUUAUUGCGGUUUAUCCACUUCAUUAUACUUUAUACUAAUAGGCCACUUCCGAGUUCCGAAAACUCUCACUUUCAAAAUGAGGCUAGGUGUACAACCUUUCUUGUGAAAAUGAGUUUAUUUGCCUGAGAAUGAAAAAUGAUAUCUUUAUCAAAGGCUGAGCACUUACCCUCGUUUUGAAACAGAGGCCCGGGGGAACUCGGAAAUGGCCUAUUCGUUCUCAGAUUAGAAAAAAGCGCGUUGUGUACAUGUGGUUGAAAUAUAUAUAUGUUAUUUAACNAAAGCCAAGCUGGUGAAACUUGGUGACAAACUGUAUAAUUUAAGAGACCUCAAUCGGGUUACACCAGAAGGUUGGACAAGAGAGAGAGUUACUGAGUACUUCCACUGGACGCAUAAAGUUGUUGAAGGGCUUAAAGGAACUAAUGAAGCUUUAGAAAGAGAGCUUUAUAAACUGUUUGUUCACCGCGGCGUUGUCAAGAAAUCGGGGUCCAAUAGUCCCCGAGUUUGAAACAACUCUUGUGGUUUGUCUCCGGUUAACUGUAGUUUUAUUGCGGUUUAUCCACUUCAUUAUACUUUAUACUAAUAGGCCACUUCCGAGUUCCAAAAACUCUCACUUUCAAAAUGAGGCUAGGUGUACAACCUUUCUUGUGAAAAUGAGUUUAUUUGCCUGAGAAUGAAAAAUGACAUCUAUAUCAAAGGCUGAGCACUUACCCUCGUUUUGAAACAGAGGCCCGGGGGAACUCGGAAAUGGCCUAUUCGUUCUCAGAUUAGAAAAAAGCGCGUUGUGUACAUGUGGUUGAAAUAUAUAUAUAUGUUAUUUAACUUUUCAGUGUACAUUAUGAAACUAGAUGUUAAAAGAAAUUGAUCUGGUGUAUUAAUUGUUUUACUUUGGCUCCCAAGUAACCAACAAACUCAAUUUGUUGCGGAUUAUUACAGAUGGUUUUAAAAACUGGAAGGU